CUCCAGAGCGUUGUCCUCCUCCAGCACGGCCGUCCACGGGCUUCCUGAGACCCAGCUCUGAUGAUGAAGACUCUGGUCCACAUAUCACCAGCAUGCCAGCCUGGAAGAAAAGCAGCACUCUGGCUCAGGGAUCUGCCUGCUCUGAAAAACCACGGCAGGAGAAAGAGAGGGAUCCUGGAAAAACUGUAACUGCCUCUCAAGACGAUGUCGGUGUUGAUAAAUCCGCCGCAACAACAUCAAGGAGUGAGAGUGACAGUGAGGAAGAAGAGGAGGAACUUCCACUGCUGUCAGAGGAGGAGAUGAACAAACUGGGAGCCAAACUGGUGAAGGCAGAGAUUAUGGGCAACACG